CUUCUCAUGAAAACGUGUAAAGCUUGUGAGAAGUGCAGAAUAGUUACUAGUUAGCUAGACAUUAUACUGAACAGUGAAAUUAAUAUGAAAAAAAUGUCUCUUCAGACUUUAUAAGAAUGUGAUUUAAAAAAUGGAGAAUUUCGUGAUAGGAUCUUCCCCGGGUCUUGGGGUCAGCUCAUUGAGCGAGGGUAGCUCUGUAGGAGAUUCCAACGGUGGAGUUCAUGGUUGUCAACUCAAGCUUGGGGAUAGGCCAAAGCGACCUCCUGCAAUUGAACGAGAAUCCUAUCUAAAAUUCUCACGACGAAAAUCUUCUUCUCAACUGGCGCUGGAGACUGAAACAAAAAAUCCGCCAAACACGACAAAUCCUGGAAAAUCCACGAGUCCACCCCAUGUUAGUAAUCCACUAAACCUCUCUCCGAGUCCUAGUGUUCACUCUUUAAAAUACUCAAGCUGUGAAAAUCUUGGAAAUGUGAAAGAGAAGCAAUCAAGUUUCAAAUUAACAGACCGUGAACCGGAGAGGAUAAAAGAACCAAUUUUGUUCCAACAACCUCAGCUUAAAACGUCGUCUUCCAUUGGAUCUUUCCUAACUAGAAAAAUCGAAGAGAAACCUAAACCCGAAACUCCUACAGAAGUUAGAACAAGUCUUGAUUGUGCUUCCAUAGCUAAGAAGGUGUUCAGAGAAAAACUAGGUUUAGCUUUUAAAACGGGCACUUCACAAACAAAGAUAUCAUCUGAGGACCAGUCAAAGAAAAACGGUGGAGAGAUAAAAGAAGAUGGAGAAUUGAGAAAUGGAAUGCCCAAUUCUUCUUCUGUAGAGGGAAAGCUUAGUUUUAUAAAAAAUCUGCAAGUUAACAAAAUGCAUAUUAAAGAGGAGUGCAGUUGGUCUCCAACUGCAGAGGCCACUGCAGAAGAUUUACACGGUACCUGCGCAGAAGACCGAAAACAAACCAACUGCUCAUCCAGAAUAAACCGAAAGGUUUCUGACACAUCCGACCCAACCCGACCUCAGUUUAAGCCAGGACCUGAAGAAAUACGGGGAUGCGUUGAUUCUGACAUAUCAGAUUCGGAAGCAGAGGGUGGGAUGGCGGGCAUGUCCGAUACCGGAGUAAAUGGACUCCGAGCCUCAUUAAAUACCGGUUUCAAUGCGCCCUCUGGCAAGUGUGACAAGAUGUCCACUGAGAUCAAAACUCCAGUUAAUAGGUUUGACAGCUCAGUGGACUGGAAAGGAAGAGGAGAAGGAGGAGGAGGGGUGAAGGAGGAAAGGAAAGACACAAUAGAUAGUGGAAUCAGUGACGGAAGUCCGGGUUCUCCAUGUUCCGACGCAGAGACUUCAACUCCUUUAACUAGCGUUAAAGUCACCAGAAAUAUUUCACAAAUUGAAGCUCUGAUUAAACGCAUCAAUGACGAGAACAAGAAGACUAAGGAGGUUCUGGAGAAGAUUGACAGGGGGGAGUACACCAGAGAGAAGAGGGAGGAGAAGGAAGGAAAGGGGAAUGAGGAAGGGGAGGAUGAGGCUGAGGAUGAAGGAUCUAGUAGUAGAAUAUCUUAUGGAGGAUCCUGGGAGAAUGAUAAGUUGGAGGAUGUAAUUUGGGCGAGCUCUAUGGAGAAUAAGAGAUAUCCAAUUGUCGUCUUCAACACAACUGCCAUUAGUCAUAGUUCAAGUUCAAUAACGCCAGUUGGUGCUAGAUAUCAUUUAACAUUUAAGGUUGUUCAAGCUGAUGCCAAGAUAGUUAGCCAAAUAUUUCAUGCACACGGAUUCCAUGAGGUUGGAAGUUUGAACCAGGAUUCAUGCCCCAACCCCAACAAAAAUAAAAUAUGUGAUGUUACUUCUACAUAA